GAUAAUCCACUUGGCUAUUUCUACAAGUAUCGUACUCAAAUGUACGAGAGAUACGACAGAACACGGUGCAAUGUGGAAGAUGAUGAAAACGGAGAAUGAUGUGAAAAGAAAUUACGAGAAAGACGAUUGUUCAUACGUUUGGAACAUUCGCAUUGAAGAUCGUUGUGAAUGGGUGAGAAGUACCAACGAUUGCGACACGGGAUCCAUAUUAUCGUAUACAGAGAUCCUCUUCUGCACUUUUGGUACGGAAAAUACAUUUGUAUUCACCAUGGGCCUCAUGGUAAUGAUCGUAUGGCUUUUGUACAUGUUCUUGAUCUUGGCAACUACGGCGGACAAUUUCUUCUGCCCAUCACUGGCGGUGAUAGCCGGUGUUUUGCGGCUGUCGGACAAUAUAGCCGGCGUGACGAUAUUGGCAUUUGGAAACGGUGCUCCUGACAUCUUCACGUCCCUCGUAUCGGGCGCCGACGAAGGGAUAAUAAUGUUCACGGAAUUAAUCGGCGCCGGUGUCUUCGUGACGGCGAUUAUCGCCGGCUCUGUUGCGGUAGUCAAGCCCUUUCGAGUCCUGCUGAAACCCCUGAUGAGAGACGCGUGCUUUUACAUCGUCACCGUCUGUUGGAUCAGCUACGUCAUCCGAGACGGUACCAUUCACCUAUGGGAGGCUGUCAUUUGGAGAGCGCAUUUUGGCCCGGUCUCGGUGGUGCCGAUAUUCCUGCUGCUCGGCACCGUAAUUGGCGUAAUUGUGUUCCUAACGACCGAGGCGGAUCGCGUACCGAGGUAUCAUAACGUUUUCGCAUUUCUCGGAUUCUUGGCCGCCAUGCUGUCGGUGUAUUUGGUUGCCGGCGAGGUGAUGGGGGUGCUGCAGUGCGUGGGAUACGCUUUCAGUAUAUCGGACGCGAUGCUCGGCAUCACGUUCCUCGCGUGGGGGAACAGCAUCGGUGGAGGGGAGGGGAGGGGAGGGGAGGGGUACUGUAAAAGAAAAACGAAUUCGAACCUGCCACCGACAGAUCUGAUAUCAAACGUCACGAUCGCCAAACGAGGAUUCCCACGGAUGGGAUACGCAGCUUGCUUCGGCGGGCCGAUGUUCAAUACGCUGUUGGGAUUGGGGCUGACUUACGGAAUGGCGGCCGGCACACACCCAGCCCAGCACAUAAGCAUGAGAAUGAGCGACAUGGCACCUGGCUGUUUGGCCUUCCUCCUCUGCUCGUUGAUAUCCACUAUUAUCUACUUGAACAUCACCGGCUCCAUCGCUCGCAGAUCGUACGGCUACCUUCUCUACUCUAUAUAUUUCACGUUCAUCCUCAUUCAGUUCCUCAGCGAAUUCAGAGUGAUUCACCCGCUGGGUACCGAUCAUCGACCU